AUGCUCGCUUAUAAAAAAGGGGAACAAUCUGCCUUGAUCAACAUUCAUGAGUUAAUUUUACAGCCCGAGACCUUGAGUGCUUUAUUUGAGGAGAAGCAAAGAGAAGUUGCCGAUUGCAAUGAUAGGAAACAAGAAGAACAGCAGCGGCAACCCGUUCUUGAAUCAGUUAAAGAACGAAGACAAAAGAAGAGAGGCCAGCCGUCAGUUGUAUCGAAGUUUCCAGAAAUUGUUGGUCGAAUGACAGACUUCUUGAAACAGCAUGGUUAUGCAGCACAUAACCGUAGACGAACAACCACUGGUACUGGUCAAGGUGUAACAUUGGGGCAAAUCAAGCAGCAUUUGCUAUCGACAGUGGAGGGCUUGGCCGAGCAUGGCAUCAGCAGGGACACCAUCCACCUAAUGAUGGCACCACCUCGUAAAGGAACGAAGCGAGCGGGAAGAUAUAAAGGACUUGUAGACGCGAGAGUUCCGGCAAAGAAGAACCAGUAUCGCGAGGAUCAUCCCGACGCACACCUUCUUUUCAGUCGAGUCGCUUAUCGACGAGAAAUGGGCGUUGUCUUCUCAGAUGAGAUUGAGACAUUAAGUGUCGAUGAUAUGAACAAAAUCAAGGUUGGCCCUAAUGCAGUAAGCAGAUACCAUCAAAUCAGCAACUUUUUCUUAAGGGAUGAUUCACCAAACUAUCCAGAUCACGAUUUUCCUCACCCUGGCUACUUGAUAAUUCCCUCAGGAUACAUGCGCCUUUGUCAUUCCCCUGCUGAAGGUUCCGAAGACGAAUUCGAGGAAAUAGCUGGAAACGAAGACUCUUGUAGCGACGCAUCUGAAGCAGAGGACGAUGAACAGAUGGGUAAUGACAGAGAAACCGACAAUAAUCAACCUGAUCUAGUUCCAGACUCAACAACUGUUGUUGAAGAACGAGGGCAGAGCCCGUUCACAAUUAUACCAUCUGAAGGCAUUGACAAAAUGAGCGUCCAACACGACAAGGUCGGAAGAGUGCACUUGAAGGUUCCACAUACUGGUCCAGCAGUUGUCAAUCUGAGAACAAGUACCUUUUACAGUUCGACAUUUCAAAGUCACAUGAAUGAUAUGUGGCCAAUUCUGGAGACAAGUGUGGAGAAGGGAAAGACGGCAGCAAUUAUCGUCGCUGACAACGGUCCUGAUUGGAAUCCGUCAUUGGUCUUGAAUGCACUGUUUGAUAUGAGACUGUGGAGAGACCUAAAUCUCGACAUGCUCUUGAUUUGUAGUUAUGCUGCUCACUACUCUGCCUAUAAUCCAAUCGAGCAUCUUUGGAGUCCUUUAACGAAGAAACUCUCUUCAGUGAGGCUGUCAGCUGUUGCCCACGGUGAUACCAAGGCGCCUUGUAAUAUGGCGUUUAAGAGUGACGAGCGGAAGCAGAAGGAGGCAAUUGUGUUUGAUGAGGCUAUUAAAGAAGUUUGUGAAACAUACUGGAAGGAUGUGACUUAUAAUGGUCAUCCUGUGAAAGCAGUUGGAGUUCCUUACAUUCAAACAGAAGGAAACUUUCAUUACAAAGAUCACGAUGAAAUAGCAAGUCUUCUAAAGAAACCGAUUCGUCAACUUCGAGACAACAAAGAGUCUCUAAAAGAGUUAGAGUUUCUCCUAAAGCAUGUGGACAGAAAGAAGAACGAGCUUGUGUUUAUGAAAUGUAGCGAUGGUUCAUGUGGCCACUGUACUUUACAUCCUGUCAGAGCAAAGAAGCUCUUUAAAUUUCUAAAAGGAAACAAAAAGCUCCUAUUCAACCCCAUGGAGAGCGAUCAACAUCCUGGCCAUUAUUACACGUUUCUAGAGAUGUGCAAGAAAUCAGCAGAACACGUGCACAUGCAUGUGGGAAACGUAUGUCUCCCGUCCGAAAUGAAUGCUGAACAGCAACUCGGGAAGUGUCAUCUCUGUCCAAGUUACAGUUUCAGUUCUAAAACUGAAAAACAACAGCAUAUCUCUUUGUUUCAUCGGAAACAAAAGGAGGGAAAGGGACGCCGACGUACAGCGAACACACGUGCACAACACGUUUGUAAGUAUCAAACCUCUGCAAAUGCCUCAGGUGGACCAAGAGAAUGCGGAAUGACAUUCACUUCAAAAAGGAAGCUUGCUAAACAUCAGAGAGAAGCCCGCCAUAGAAAGAGGGACGCCAAGCAAAAACUAGCA